UCCAACAUUUCUCGCCCGGAGUGAUUCAUGUUGCCCUGAGUGCAGACAGGUACACCCUGUGCCCAGAAACAGCAAAGACAAUUCACAAUCUUCAGCACGUUUUCGGGCGCAGACAUGCCCGACUCUGCAUCCAAUGAGCCCGGAUCGAAGGUUUCGGACCCUCAGCAUUCCCAGAAACUCCUCAGGGUCCUUCGCACCUUCUGGCAGGAGCAGAGUUUCCACGAUGCGCUGCUGGUGGUGGAUGGAGAGGAGCUUCCUGUGCAGAAAAACAUCCUGGCCGCUGCCAGCCCUUAUAUCAGGACCAAGCUGAACUACAACCCUCCUAAAGAAGACGGGUCCACGUACAGAAUCGAGCUGCAGGGCGUCUCCAUGGCGAUCAUGAAGCAGAUCCUGGACUACAUCUUCAGUGGCGAGAUCACUCUGAGCGAGGACACCAUCCAGGAGAUGGUCCAGGCGUCCGACCUGCUCCUCAUGACCGACCUCAAGUUCCUGUGCUGCCAGUUCUUGGAGAGCUGCAUCACCGCCGAGAACUGCAUCGGCAUCCGGCUCUUCUCGCUGCACUACUGGCUCUACCACGUCCACUACGCCGCCACCGAGUUCCUGCAGACGCACUUCCGCGACGUGGCGCUCACCGAGGAGUUCAGGGAGCUGCCGCACGACCGUCUCUGCGAGGUGCUCGCCAUGGAGAAGCUGAACGUCGGCAACGAGAAGCACGUCCUGGAGGCCGUGGUGCGAUGGUUCGGCCACGACCCGGACGAUCGCAGGGUGCACAUGAGGGAGGUGAUGUCGGCCGUGUGGCUGCAGGGUUUGGACGUGAGCUACCUGAGAGAGCAGGCCAUGGGGGAGCCUCUGAUGAGGGAGGUGAUCAGAGAGUACUGCCAGCCGGUUUUGUCGGCGGGUCAGCUGCAGGGAGAAGCGAUGCUCGCCGCCUUCAAACCGAGAGGAUACUCCGAGUGUAUCGUCAUCGCCGGAGGAGAGGAUCGCCAGAGCAGGAAGCCGUCCGCCGCCACCCGCUGCAUGUGUCCGCUCUACGACACCAACAGACAGAACUGGAUCGAGCUGCAGCCGAUGAGCGUCGCCCGACUCGGACACGGAGUCGUCGCUGCCGAGGGUUUUCUGUUCGUGAUGGGAGGAGCCGAUGAACACAACUCGGUCCUGGGCAGCGGAGAGAAGUACGACCCCGACUCCAACAGCUGGAGCUCCAUCCCGCCGAUGCUGCAGGCUCGGCAGAACUUCGGCGUGGUGGAGCUGGACGGCCUGAUCUACGUCCUCGGGGGAGAGACCGACGUGACGGAGCUGAUCACGGUGGAAGUGUUCGACCCGCACUGCAGCACCUGGAAGAUGCAGACCAGCAUGACGAUGAUCCGGAAGGUCGGCUGCUACGCCUCCAUGAACAAGAAGAUCUACGCCAUCGGUGGAGGCUCCUACGGGAAGCUGUUCGACUCAGUGGAGUGCUUUGACCCCAAAACGCAGCAGUGGACGGGCCUUUGUCCUCUGAAAGAAAGACGGUUCGGCUCGGUGGCCUGCGGCGUCGGUCAGGAGCUCUACGUGUUCGGUGGAGUCAGGAGCCAAGAAAACGAAAACCCAGAACAACGACACAUGAUGACCUGCAAGUCGGAGUUCUACCACGACGAGAUGAGGAGGUGGAUGUUCCUGGACGACCAGAGUUUGUGCAUCCAGACCAGCUCGUCCUUCGUGUACGGCGCCGUGCCCAUCGGCGCCAGCAUCUACGUGGUGGGAGACCUGGACACGGGUACGAGCUUCGACUACAUCCGCGAGUUCCGCCGCAGCACCGGGACGUGGCAGCGAACGAAACCCAUGCUGCCCAGCGACCUGUCGAAAACCACCUGCGCCUCGCUGAGGAUCGCCAACUGCCGGCUGUUCCGCCUCCAGCUGAGCCAGGGCAUGUUCAGAAUCCGGGUCUGAGUCCGCUCGCCGGUACCGUCCGCCCGCCGCUAGGGAAACAUACAAACACUAAAGUAUUAUAGUCGCUGCGUGUCGAGGAUCCGUUCGGGCCUUUUCGAUGUUUGACUCGACGAAAGUUCAUCUUAACGUGUUUUUUACUUUUCUUUUUUUUUUUUACAAACCUAAAUAUGUUUUAUUUUUAAUGUGGGAUUUGUUCUUUUUCUUUUUUCAGGUUUUAUUUUAAUGGACAUUCCUCAUUUUUAACGUUUACUGGUUAGUUUACUGCUGCAUCAGGAAUCGUGAUGCGGACGGACGAUUCGGGGAAAUCCGGUUUCAUUGUUCGACAUUAACGCGUCAUGCUAACUUUGCACUUUCAUCGUAGAGAUUUAAACAAGGAAGGAUUCGCAUAAAAACGGCGUAUGUUAGAGCAAAAAGGGUCAUUUUGCUGCAGCUUUCAAGAGAAAAAAAAGGCAGAUUUUUACGUAAACUUUUUCGUUAUUUUCAGUCUGACUUAAACACAAAAAUUAGCCACAUAGCCGAACGUUUCGCUAACAGGAAUACUUCGAUCUGAUCGCUGACGGAUUCAUCCACCGGUUUGUUUUUGAGUUUUCCUGCUGCAAAAAAAUCAUAGCAAAGUCUUAAUAUUUUGUUAACCUUUAACCAAAAACAACUUUGACUAAAAGACAAAUCUGAAUAAAAACACAAAAAGUGGAAGCCGGGAUGUGAAGCUUUUAUCGUCGCCGUUUCGAUCCAGUGCUUUAUUUUUAUUGGUACUUUUUGAGAGCAAAGCAAAUCAAGAACAGAAUGAAUUUUGCUUUUUUUCCUCUGUUAUUUACUGUAUUUAAAUUAGUCAUG